AUGCAUCACAACAACAGACCAGAUUCAGCAGCUUCAUCAUCUUCAUCAUCAUCAUCAUCAUCAUCACCUUAGUCAUCUUCACCACCUUCACCAUCUUCAUCAUCUUCAAUAUCUUCAAUAUCUUCAUCACCUUCAUCACCUUCAUCUUCACCACCUUCACCACCUUCAUCAUCUUCGUCAUCUUCGUCACCUUCAUCAUCUUCAAUAUCUUCAUCACCUUUGUCACCUUCAUCUUCAUCACCUUCACCACCUUCAUCACCUUCAUCUUCACCACCUUCAUCACCUUCAUCAUCUUCAAUAUCUUCAUCACCUUCAUCACCUUUGUCACCUUCAUCUUCAUCACCUUCAUCACCUUCAUCUUCACCACCUUCACCACCUUCAUCAUCUUCGUCAUCUUCAUCACCUUCAUCAUCUUCAAUAUCUUCAACACCUUCAUCACCUUCAUCACCUUCAUCUUCACCACCUUCACCACCUUCAUCAUCUUCGUCAUCUUCAUCAUCUUCGUCAUCUUCAUCAUCUUUGUCACCUUCACCACCUUCAUCAUCAUCUUUGUCAUCUUCGUCACCUUCACCACCUUCGUCGUCUUCAUUACUUACCUCACCUUCAUCAUCUUCAUCAUCUUCAUCACCUUCGUCACCUUCGUCUUCAUCACCUUCGUCACCGUCAUCUUCAUCACCUUCAUUGUCUUCAUCAUCUUCAUCAUCAUCACCAUCAUCUUCAUCCUCAUCACCUCCGUCAUCUUCAUCACCUUCAUCAGCUUCACCAUCAUCAUCUUCAUCCUCAUCACCUCCGUCAUCUUCAUCACCUUCAUCAGCUUCAUCAUCAUCAUCUUCAUCCUCAUCACCUCCGUCCCCUUCAUCACCUUCAUCAGCUUCAUCAUCAUCAUCUUCAUCCUCAUCACCUCCGUCCCCUUCAUCACCUUCAUCAGCUUCAUCAUCAUCAUCUUCAUCCUCAUCACCUCCGUCAUCUUCAUCACCUUCAUCAUGGGGAAGCUGGUGAGAGGGUUUAUGUAAAGUGUUCAGAGUCCUGUAGUCCUCGACCCAAAGCGCAUGUUUUUCUGAUCGUCUCUCUGCAGUGGAGGUCUGUGGUUCUCCUCAAACAUCUCUGCGCUUUAUUCACACCGAGCCAGAGCUACAGCGUUUCUGUUUGGAGAAAUAUUGUUAUGCUUCUGGCGUGUUUGUAAUAAUAUCACUGAGGAGGUCUGAAAUCUGGAUGAGAUCAGGCUCUGAAUCACUGAGUGUUUUCAGACCGAAAGGCCUUGAUCAAUGCUAUGAAUGCACUA